UCCGUCUGUGUGUGUGUAUGCGUGUAUGUCUGUACAUAUUGUAAUUAAAAAAAAAUCUAUUGGGAUGAUUUACUGCAAAUUUUCAAAGGAGAAGAGCUUUGGUGUUCUAAAGGAUCAUUUUCGAGAGGCAAGCUGAACAUGGCUAAGGCACCCACUCUCAAAAAGAGGUACCAAGCCUGCAUGAUCCUGAGUGGAGCUGGAGAUGCACUGGGGUUCAACCACGGCAACUGGGAGUUUGAGUCAAAUGGUGAAACAAUCCAUAAGCAGGUAGCAGCAAUAGGGGGCUUGGAGAAUCUGGAUGUUAAGGAGUUUCCGAUCAGUGAUGACACUGUCAUGCACCUUGCAACAGCUGAAGCCUUAGUGGAGACUGGAAAAGACGCAUCAUUAAAAGACUUGUAUGGCACCUUGGUCAAAAAAUACAUACAGUGUAUGGAUGAUAUGGAUGACAGGGCCCCAGGUACCACAUGCAUUGGUGGCACUGUCCAAUUAGCAGCAAACCAGGCGGGAGACUGGAGGAUCCCUUUCAGCAAAGUUGGUGGGGGCUGUGGUGCUGCCAUGAGGGCCAUGUGUGUGGGCCUGCGCUUCCCCGAGCCUGAGCAGGAGCGCCUCCUGGUGGCCGUGAGUGUGGAGAGCGGCCGCAUGACCCACCACCACCCCACGGGCUAUCUGGGGGCGCUGGCUGCUGCGCUGUUCACAGCCUAUGCGGUGAGGGGCGCACCACAGGUAGAGGCCUGGGGCCAGGGUCUGAUGAAGGUGCUGGAGAAGGCCAAGGAGUAUGUGCAGCAGGAGGGCUAUUGUGUUGAAGAAAACCUGAAACAUUGGGACUACUUUGGGGACAGCUGGAGAAAAUACCUUCAGCGUAGAGGAAUCCUUGAAGGGACUGGCAAAGCCCAGUUCCCAGAUGACUAUGGAGUGACGGCGAGGGAGAAUUUCUACAGGUCAGUCAGCUUCGAUGGAACAGGCGGUGCCAGCGGACACGACGCACCCAUGAUCGCCUACGACGCACUGCUGCGAGCUGGGAACUCGUGGACUGAGCUGGCCAAUCACGGCUUUUUCCACGGAGGCGAUAGUGACUCCACCGCUGCCAUUGCUGCUGCCUGGUGGGGUGCCCUCUACGGGUUUCACAACGUGCCCCCCAAAAACUACCAAAAGCUUGAGUACCACAGCCGCCUAUCUAAUGUGGCAGAUAAGCUUUACAAGCUGAGGGGUAUGCCACUCUCAUGAUGGCAGGAUUCUGGAUUGUGCUUUAAGACAGUGGUGCCCAAACUUUUUCUUGAGAGCGCCAGCUCACUAUGCCUGGCUCUAAGAGAGGGCCAGAGACUCGGUGUAUGUCAGUAAAUAUUUUUUAUUGUGAUAUAAACAUUGCGAUAAUAAAAAGUUGCCUGGGAACUUCCACAA